AUGGUGCUGGUUACAAGGAAAACGUCGCAAGUUAAGGUGGUGAACCUUGGGAAUGACGACGUGGGGCUUGGCCGCGUACCUGCAGUCACGAGCACGCGCGAGGAAAGCACAUCGGGUGGUGGAGAGAUGCAAGAUUAUAAGAUUCAGGAAUUGGGUGCUAAUGAUCUUAUCAGUGAAUCAGUUGCAAUCAAGUCUCGCGGAAGCAGGUAUCAUGGCGCACUUGCAAACAAACCUAGCGAAGAGGACAGACUUGCAGAUCGUCCUGCUGGUUCUGCUGAUCUUGGUAGACGUGCUGGUCCUGCUCUUACCGAUGCUGACUUGCCAAAGCAGUUGCAAUUGGAUGCGCGAGUGAGCACGGAGCUUACUGAACGGCCUGGAUUGCAACAGAGUCAGGAGCCUCUUGAGGGUUCGAUUUCAGCCGUCAGAUCUCAGGCGACGGCUGCGAUCUCGUCACUGCGCCCGGCUUUACGAGCUGUGAGGAAGAUAUGGAGGAGUAAGGAGGCAGUGGGAGGAAGAAUUCCUGAUGGGCAUGUUUUGGAGACGAAUGAAAACCAGAGAGGGUUGCAUAGGGGGGAGGGAGGGGAGGGAGAGGGAGCUGGGGAGGAGGGGGACGAAGAUGAGGCGUUGGAGGGAGGUGAUGUGGUUCUGAAGCCCAUGAGUGCAGCAAUGACCAACACGGUAUACGAGUGUGUGUGGGUGCCUACCAGGAAGAACGAGCCACGGGAGAGCAAAGCCAAGGAGUCAAAGGAGGAGGAGGAGGACCAUUCAGGAGAGAAGCGGGUGUUGGUGCGGCUGUAUGGCCCAGCGACAACAAUGCUGUUUCAGAGGGAACACGAGGAGGCAGUCACCCGAGCCAUGUCCGACCUAGGCUUGGGACCGAAGCUGUUGGCCUCGUUCGGCACUGGCAGGGUGGAGGAGUUUCUGCAAGCCAAGCCACUGACAGCAGGGGAGAUGAGGCAACCAGAGACAUCCCGGCAGAUCGCACGGUGCAUGCGGCACUUCCAUGCGCUCCUCCUCCCAGGCACUGCAGCUGGGAAAGUCGCCUCGUGCCUCUGGUCCCGCCUGCGGCGCUGGCUAUCCCUGGCGCAGCUGCUGCACCCCUGGGGCGUGCACGGGGCAAACCCACGACAGCUGGGGGAGAAGAUUCACAGGCUGGAGGCAGCAGCGCACAGGCGGACUAAAAGUACAGCUUGUGCUUUCUGCAUCCUCCCUCCCUCGCUCCUGUCCCGUUCCAUCCCCUCCUCCCAUCAUGUCCGUCGCCUCGCCCAUUAUCCACCCGCUCAGGACUACGAGUACAGUGGCUAUGCACACGUGGCGUGUGACAUUGCCAACCACUUCUGUGAGAUGGCAGCUGACUACGACCGCCCGCACCCACACCUCCUCGACUACUCCAAGUACCCCUGUAAGCGGUCCCUCUAUGUUGCUGCUCGUGGGAUUUCCACCCUUCCCCGCGCGGAAGGUGUGGAGGCCUUCAAGGCCAAGGAGCAGGUUCACCUCAAGGAAAGCUCGUUGCUUGGGGAGAAGCUUAAUGUCGCUCAUCGGUACACGAGCGAGAAGAGCAGCAUCAUUGUCGUCGGUCUAAGCGUUCACACCGCUCCCGUUUCGAUGCGUGAGAAGCUCGCCGUUCCUGAAGCCGAGUGGCCACGCGCCAUUACAGAGCUCUGCGAGUACCCCCACAUUGAGGAAGCUGGUGUUCUGAGCACAUGCAACCGCAUGGAAAUCUACGUCGUGGCGCUCUCCUGGCACAGGGGCAUUCGCGAGGUCACUGAGUGGAUGUCAAAGUCGAGCGGUGUUCCCGUUGAAGAGCUCCGCCCGCAUCUCUUCCUGCUCCGUCAAAGGGACGCUACGCAGCACCUUCUCCGCGUCUCUUCUGGCCUUGACUCCCUGGUGCUCGGAGAGGGUCAGAUCCUCGCUCAGGUGAAGCAGGUCUUCAAGGUUGGCCAGGGAGCCGAGGGCUUUGGACGCAAUCUCAACGGUCUCUUCAAGCAGGCGAUCGAGGCCGGCAAGCGUGUGCGUACUGAGACCAGCAUCGCCUCGGGUGCCGUGUCCGUCAGCUCUGCUGCCGUUGAGCUCGCCGCGAUGAAGCUUCCCGAAGCUGGCCUGAAGGAAGCUCGCGUCAUGAUCGUCGGCGCUGGGAAGAUGUCACGUCUCCUUGUGAAGCAUCUGCUCUCUAAGGGUUGCAACACCAUGACCGUUGUGAACAGGUCCCUAGGCAGUGUAGAGACGCUGCAGUCUGAAUUUCCGGACGCCACGCUUCUCUACAGGCCUCUUCCUGAGAUGAUGCAAGCAGCGGCUGAGGCUGAGGUUGUCUUUACCAGCACAGCUUCGGAGACUCUUCUCUUCGAGGAGUCCAACGUUCAGGGCCUCGGCCCUGCUGGCGAUCUGACCAACGGCGUCAGGCACUUCAUCGAUAUCUCCGUCCCUCGCAAUGUUGGUUCCUGCGUGGCCAACGUUCAGCAGACCAGGGUGUACAACGUCGAUGACCUGAAGGAGGUGGUUGCUGCCAACAAGGAGGAGCGGAGAAAGAAGGCCCUUGAGGCUCAGGCUAUCAUUGAGGAGGAGCUUCAGGCCUUCGACGCGUGGAGGGAUUCCCUGGAGACGGUUCCGACCAUUAAGAAGCUCCGGCAGAAGAUUGAGGGCAUUCGACAGGCUGAGCUGGACAGAAUCCUGGCGAAGAUGGGCGAGGAGCCGACUAAGAAGCAGAAGAAGCUGAUUGAGGAGCUGAGCAAGGGUAUUGUGAACAAGAUUCUCCACGGACCCAUGACCCACCUCAGGAGCGAUGGCAGUGACGCGAGGACAGUGAGUGAGACGUUGGAGAACAUGAAUGCUUUGGAGCGGAUGUUCGACCUGGCUGCUGAGGAAGCCAGCGGCCGGCGAUGA